AUGUCUUAUCCUUAUCAGAGAUACUUCAGUUUUCACUACAUCCUCCUCAGGUGCCUCGGGCUCGGCUGGUGGCAUCAUCCCGACGAAAAUGACACCCGCAACUUUCCCGGCUUCUAUUUAUUCUACGCUAUAAUCACCGAGCUCGUCUGGGUGGGUGGCUUCGUGGGCCUCGAAACCAUCGAUCCCUUCAUCGGAGAGAAAGACAUCGACCGGUUCAUGUUCAGUCUCUCCUUCGUCGUCACUCACGAUCUCACCUGCAUCAAACUCUACAUCUUCUUCUUCAAAAACAAGGACAUCCAGGCAAUAGUCCACACGCUGAACAUCGAUUUGCACCAGUUCUAUCAGAACAACGACAUUAAUUUGAAAACCAUAAAAACUUCUCGGAAAUUGACCGCCAUGUUUUUGUUCUUCGGGUGGAUUACGAUCGCGAAUUCUAACGUUUACGGUAUCCUACAAGACAUCAGCUGGAAGGCCGAGGUCGCUCAAUUGAAUAGCUCCAUGCCGAAGCCGCCCAGAACUUUGCCCCAGCCGAUUUACAUCCCCUGGAAAUAUGAAACCAAUAAAGCUUACAUUUCAUCGUUUUUGCUGGAAACAGUGGGAAUCCUCUGGACGGGUCAUAUUGUCAUGAUCAUUGACACGUUUAUCGGCUCCCUAAUUUUACACAUGAGCGCCCAGUUUUUAAUACUACAAGAAGCGUUCACGACUGCGUACAGCCGUACUAUGGAGAGUUUGAUCGAUAAGGCGAAUAAAAAUAACGAUAUGGACCAAAUAGAAAUUACUGACUAUUCUUAUAACGACGAUGAUAAAUACGAGAGCAUUGUUCAGUCGUUCUACUCAAAAGCUGAAAUCGAUUCUGCUUUGGAAAAAACCUUGCGACAUUGUUUUCGCCAACAUCAAAUGUUGAUCAAUUGCGUGGAGAAAUUCGCUGUGACUUAUUCGUAUGGGUUCAUGACACAGCUGCUUUCGAGUAUGGCUGCAAUCUGCGUAGUUAUGGUACAGGUUUCGAAAGACGCGUCCAGCUUCAAGUCUGUGCGGUUGGUGACGUCUAUAGCGUUUUUUGCCGCUAUGAUACUGCAGCUGGCCCUACAGUGUGUCACCGGGAACGAACUCACUUACCAAGCAGGUCGCGUCUCCGAAGCCGUGAUGUCGUGUAAGUGGGAGAGGAUGUCACCCCGGCUGCGGAGGUCGUUACUGAUGACGAUGAUGCGGGCGCAGCGGCCUCUCCGCCUGACCGCCGGCGGGUUCGCCAACAUGGACAACGCUUGCUUCCUCGCGAUAAUGAAAGCAGCAUAUUCGUACUACGCUGUUUUAAGCGAGAAACAAAAUUAAUAAUUUACUGAAAAACGCGAAAUGUAGCAAAGAAGAUGCCUGAUAAAUAUUAUAAUUUUAUAAUUCAAGGACGGAUGACGAAUUAAA